AUCCAAAUUAUCGAUUUAACCGAUUCCCUCACAAGUCGCACACUCACUUCCACCCAAAAGCCGUGGGUGGAUGAAUGACCUGAAUCUGAACGAUGGCCUUCACAGCAAUAUCUUCUUCACUGCCGUCUUGUUCUUCUGUGCGUUCAGUUCCAUUACCGAAAUCAUCGUCUCUCUCGUGGGCAUCUUCAUUUCCGCAUGUUAGCAUAUCCAGAGGCUCUCCUUUCGCCUCUUUCAGUCCCGCGCAUGCCAAGGUUUUAUUUAUACAAUCAGCUUGGACAAGAAGGUCUCGAGGGGAGGCUGCAAAGCGACCAAACAAAAAAUCAUGGAAACAAAGGACAGAUAUGUAUAUGAGGCCAUUUUUACUAAAUGUUUUCUUUUCGAAGAAAUUUAUCCAUGCAAAGGUAAUGCAUAGAGGAACUAGCAAAGUGAUAUCAGUGGCGACGACAAAUGCGAAGGAUCUUAGAAACAGUCUACCAUCUCUUACAGAUCACAAUGCAUGUAGGGUAAUAGGGAAGCUUAUUGCAGAGAGAUCAAAGGAAGCAGAUGUAUAUGCAAUUUCGUACGAGCCUAGGAAGGAUGAAAGAAUUGAAGGUAAACUUGGCAUUGUUAUCGAUACCAUUAAGGAGAACGGGAUCUUGUUUGUAACUUGAAUUUAAAUAAGGGAAGGAUAAUAAGACGAGAAACAACUUAUCUAGAGCCUCUUAGAGGCAGUAGAUGAUGGUAUUGUAAAAGCGGACAUCUUCCUGUUUAAUUUGUUUGAAAUAUCCGAAGCUGUUGCUCUUACUAAAA